AUGCUCAAUCAUCCUACAAAACAUUUAAAAGUUCAACCUUUACGAAAAAAGACAGAUGAAACAAAAAGGAGAAUCGGAACUAUUCUUCCUCGAUCCUUUUUAGAAGGGAAACCAGAAGCUAGGGAAGUGUUGGAAAAAAAGAAAAGAAGGGAAAACGAAAAGACACAAGAACAUAGAGUCAAACGUUUUCCUAAUCCAUCCUUUAUAUUUGAGAAGAAACCACAUUUCAAGGAAGUUUUUUAUAUUAACAUUCCUGACACUGAAAGGGGAAAAGAACUCUUAUUACACGAUCUGCCUAUACAAUGGACAAUGCCUGAACCUGAAGCAGUAAUAUGCAUUACCGGAAUAGAUCAUCAGUUCAACAUAAAAGACAAUUAUAAAUUGAAGAGAGAUUUGAUAAAAGCAGUCAUAAGUACUGAAUCCUGGAUUGUAACAUGUUGUAAUGAAUCAGGAGUAGUGCAGUUUAUUGAAGAAGCUGUGAAUGCGCAUGUAGCUAUGGAAAACUGUCACAUUUCAAUAGUUGGAAUACUGCCGCAACGAGUAUAUGAUGGGAUGCAAGAAGUACAUGUGAGAGCCCAUGAUGAGAUCGAGACACGAAAAAUAUUGCCGGUUGUUUUGGUACUAAUUGAAGGAGGAAUCCAUGCAUUAAGGACAGCUUGGAGUGUACUGAAAAAUGAAAAUCAUGUUGUAGUUAUUGAUGGUUCAGGAGGAGCUGCAGAUUUUCUUGCAGCUUGUUGUGAUCGUGCUUCUAGGAAGAGUAAAGGUGAGAUACCAGAUAAAACAUUAAAAGAAAUAAUCGAGGAACACUUUGACGAUGACUCCGAUAUUUUACUAAGAGAGAUAAUCAACUGUCAAAAUGGUAUUCAUGUUGUUUCGCUGGAGAAAAAUACUAAUGGAGUAGACGAGAUUAUUCAGGAUACUAUGUUCGAAAUAAACAAUGAAUACCAUAAAUGGAAACUCGACAAAGAAAAAGGAAUGAAAAAUAAAAGUGGUUUGAAAACCAAUGCAGUCAAGGAACAACUGAGACUUGUUGCAAAAUGGCAAAGAUGUGACAUCGCAGAAAAAAAGAUUUUUAUAGCCAAAAACCGAAUCCAACUUACCUGUUUACAGAAACUUGACAAAAAAAGGAUGGACGAGUUGCAAUUUGAAAUCAGAAAAGAAAUCAAAUAUGUUAAGAAGAAGUAUACCGAAUUGCAUUCAAGAUAUUUUCCAGAAUAUUAUAAGAAAUUUCAGGAGAGUACAAAGCAGUUCGAGGAGGAUACAUCACAGUUCAAGGAAGUAACCAAGGCACACUACUUCUCGGUUUUAUCAACUUCGUUUGAUGAGAUAGUUGAACAUAUGCCACUUUAUUAUUUUAAAGAUCCAAAAAAAACUGAGUUAAAGUUAAAGAAGAUAACCAAAGAGUUAGAAUUAGUUGAUAAAACACGUAAUAAAAAAGGUAUAGCCGAAUUGGGAAAACAAAUUGGAAGAGUAUUGGAACAGGUUAAAGAGGACUAUCGUUUCCUUCCAAAAAAAUUAUCAGCUUCUUAUAAUGGAUUCAAAAAGGCUAUGCUUCAGUUCAAGGACGUUGACGACAACAAGGCAAAAUACUUCUCAGAUCUAUCACAAUCGUUUGAGGUUAUAAUGGAUCAUAUGACUGUUGAUGCUUUGAAUGGAAACAAACAUAAGUUAAGGGAGAUAGUAAAAAAAAUCGUUGAUGAAUAUAAAAAAGACAUGGUUUCGCAGCUGCUCCUGACAUCGAUUAUAUCAAACAGAAAUGACUUAGUAGAGUUGACAAUUGGAAGAAUAGAAAAUAUUGAAGCAUUUGUUUUCGACAAAAUAGCAAAUAUUUAUUCGAGGUGCGUUAAGGAAAACAAAGAAGAUUUACCAAUUAAGCUUAUUGUACAGAAAUUAGAGAAUAGGUAUGAAAAAACAGAGGACACGAAACAGAUUAAAAGAGAAGACAAUGAGUACUUGAUAGAGAUAGAGAUAGAAAGUCAGGAACAGAAAAGGAACAGACAAAAAUCAAACGAAAUACUUUUUGUUGUUGACGACUUUAUCAAAGAUUUGUUAGGAGAAACAAAAUUCCAGCUCUAUACACAUUUUACAAAACCUAAACCUAAACCAGAAAAUGAUAAAGAUAAAGAUGGGAACUCAGAGAAGCCAGUUAUCAACCCUCAUGACCCUGAAGCAAAGAAAGAAGCAAUCAACGAGAUAUCUAUAGAGUAUAAGGACAAACCUUUCUUUCAUCUUUUUGUUAUGGCGGUCCUGGCAAAUUGGAAAGAAAUGGCGAUUUCUUUCUGGAAACGAGACACUGACCAUACGUGUAAGAUGUUUUGCUCUCUGAUAGAUAAAAGAUUAUUCAAAGACUUGAUAUAUUAA